AUCAUAUUCAAAUGGCAGUACCAAACAGUGAAAUUUUAACAGCCUUACAACAGCAAAUGGCUGCACAACAAGCAAUCAUUGAGCAAAUCAUGCAAAAUCAAGAACUCCAGAAUCAACAACAGCAACAAUAAAAUCAACAGGAACAAGACAUGGAAGCUGAAGACCCAUUUUUCAACACCCAACAACAAGUACAUUCUUUUGAGACACGACCUCAUUAUGAUUGGAAUCCUUUUCAAAAAUUAUCGCAACUAUUGAUAUUGGAAUGUAAUUUAUUUUCAGGUCCAGGAAUGUCGGACAAUCAACGUAAACAAUUGAUUGAAAGAUAUCCUGCCAUCCAAGGAACUCUAGAAAAAAACAUUGCACUCAAGGCAAUCAAUCCAAACUUUAGAUUAUCUGCUGCAAACAAUACAGACUAUAUUAUGGCACAAGACGAGUUUCAUAACUUGAUAAACAAUCAAUUUAGUACAGCAAAGGCCUUGCAAGCAGCUCAAAAGUUCAACAAGAAGUUUUUUUCUGGCAACCGUGUCGAAACACAGUCGUUGGUUUGGCGUUCCCAACUUCAGCCCAGCCAAACGGCCUCUGUUCAACACAAGCCCAAUUACAGCAACUACAACAACCACAAUUCAACAAAAUCAACAGCACCUCAGAAAUCAUUCAACAAACAACAGUACAGCAACAGCCGCUCUCACAACAAGAACAACAACAACAACCAGUAG